AUGCUCAAAAGUCCAGAAAAGGAAGUAACUGCUUCAGAAUUCAAUUUGGUGUCAAAGCUAAACAUCUUUUGUUCCUGCAAAGUGUGCAAAAAACGCUUAAAUGAUGUUGAAUCAUUCACUUGCACCACACUGAAGUGUGAAAACUGUGGUACACGUCAAAGAUCAAGAGAUAUCAAACUGCAGGCUUCAGCAAAAAUUUCUAUCACUGAAUCAGAAGGUGACAACAGCAAAGAGAUGUGGAUCCAGGCUUUCACUGAGCAACUAGAAACCCUGCUGGCAGGAUCAACCUUAUCCCUAAAGGAUAAAAUCGAUGACAUUGAAGUUUAUCUUAUGUCUCUGGAAGACAUUUGUUUGGUAUACAAUGUCCAAACAACAAACAUUACAAAGAUUCUCUCCUUUAAACGUCCAGAAGUACACUCUGAUUAG